GUCUUCUACGACAAAAUCAAAGCCAGACAGGACUCAUCAGACAUUUGAGAUUUUAACCAGGUGUUUGCGCUCCGCGGUCACAGAGUGGCGACGACGAUGAUCCUUUUGCCAAGAUAAGUUAAACAUCCAUCACUGCCAGACGAAGAUGGCCACAGGUUAAGCCCUUUAUCAACUGGAUUAUGGAUAGAUUGCCACAAUGACAGAUGACGCGCUCCACUCUCCACUGUCACUCAAGGCGGCGGCCUUGCGUGUGGUGGACCUUUCCCUCUCCUUCUGCAACUCAAUGUCUGAGGUGAAUGUCAGUCCUGGGGCCAAAAAGCUGGUUGUUGCCACAGCCUUUGGUGCCGUCUCCCUCCUCUUCCUCGCCCGACACUUCAAAAGGAGGAAGGGGAAGAAAAAGACCCAGUCACCAUGGGAACCAAAAGAAUUUGACUUCCUCCUUGUCACUCCCUCACAGAAAGUAGGCACAGCAGCAAGUAACCAACAGGACCUCACCCUGCCUCUUAACUCCAAAGGCUGCUACACCUGUAAUGUUAUUCCUGGUGGCACCCUCUACAGCAAGCUCUCUGGCUCCUUGCAGAGCCUAGCCUCGGUCAAAAGCAUGAACUCGUCCAGCAGCUGCACCUGUGCCAACAGCUCUGGAUGUUGGGAUAGAAGUGCAGAAGACCCAGACCUCUGUAGCAUGGUCAACAUCCCAGUCACCACCCCAGAAAAUCUUUACUUGAUGGGCAUGGAACUGUUUGAGGAGGCCCUGAGACGCUGGGAGCAGGCCCUCACCUUCCGCAGCCGCGAGGCAGACGACGAAGUCAGCUGCGCCUCGGUGAAGCUGGGUGCCGGUGACGCUAUCGCAGAGGAGAGCAUGGAGGACAUCAUCAGUGCAGAGUUCGUUCACAAGCUGGAGUCGUUGCUGCAGAGGGCAUACCGGCUACAGGAACAGUUUGAGGGAUCAUUGGGUGUCUCGGAUCCCUCAUCACAUGCUAGCAAUGACAAACACACGGACCUCUCCAGCAGAGAUGAUCUGGAUGAUUCCAUCCUGAGGGAUACCAUGAGCAUAGCCUCCACCGACUCCUUUGUGUCUGCUGCCGAGCUCUCCCUCUCUCUCUCGGAGCACAGAGAGCUAAGGAAUGCCUACACCCUGGGAACUCUCUGCCACUAUCCCUUCUAUGAGGAGGCACUGCAGAUGGCCGAGGACGGCAAGAUCUCCUGCAGAGUCCUCAGGACGGAGCUGCUGGAAUGCCUUGGUGAUACAGACUUCCUGGCUAAACUGCACUGUGUGCGUCAGGCAUGUCAGCUCAUCCUGUGUGAGAGGGCGACCAGACACUUCCUGGCUGAUACGGGAAAGAAGAUCCUCUCCUCCAUCAUCGUCAAGGCUCGCAAAAGCCCCAAGAGGUUUGAAGAGGUGUUUGAGGAGAUGAUCUCUUUCUUGGAAAAGACAGACCACUGGGGAAACACUGAGGUGGAGCUGGCAACCCGAGGCGUCAGGCAUUUGAACUUCUAUGACAUCGUGUUGGAUUUCAUCCUCAUGGAUUCUUUUGAGGACCUGGAGAAUCCGCCUAUUUCCAUCCAGAAUGUUGUGAACAAUCGUUGGCUAAACAGCUCCUUCAAAGAGACGGCUGUGGCUUCGAGUUGCUGGUCAGUGCUUAAACAGAAGAGGCAGCAUAUGAAGAUGCAGGAUGGUUUCAUUGCACACUUCUACACCGUCUGUGAGCAGAUUAGUCCCGUCCUGGCAUGGGGCUUCCUGGGCCCCAGGACCACCUUGCACGACUUCUGCUGUUUCUUCAAGGAUCAGGUGCUGUACUUCCUGAAGGACAUCUUUGACCUUGAGAAGGUGCGCUACAGCUGCGUGGAGACGCUGGCGGAGGAUGUGCUUCACCUGCUGCACCGGCGCUGCGAGCUGCUCCUGGCCUACCUGGGCGCCGACUCUUUCCGCCACCUCAAUGGCUGCAUCACACCACAGCUUCACCUCGUGCCCAAUGCCAUGCUGGAGGCCAGAGUGCAAUAAUAACACACCACAGGACUCUCCAUCCAUCCACACAUGUAGCCUAAACGUCGUUCAAAGUCUACUACACUAACUGAAGGAAGAGGAAAAAAUGGAUUUAUGCUUCUUUGGUGCAGUGUUGUCCUGGCUGUUAUUAGUGUAAAUGCUGCUUGAUUUGUUAGACCAUCAUUAUCUGACUGAGCACCAUUUGGUCACCUGUAAGUCUAGUUGCAAUACUGUCCUCAUGUACUCUUUGUGGUGCCAUUUCAAUGCAGUUGUUUAUUGUUAAAUCUAAAAACUGGUGUCAUUGCUGUGCCUUCUCGAGAGGUAGACACAUUCAGCAGCCAGUUUGUAUUGCACAGCAGUGUCCGGGUCGGUACUUGUGACCUCAAGCGCAAAUACGAUUUAUUCAACAUUAUUUAUUGCAUUUUGUUUUUUUUAGCCUUGUUCAAAUCACGCUGAAACCGUAUUUACAAGAACGGCAGGGCAGGAUGUUUGGGUGGCCCAACAGUAUUAAGUGGGGCUGGCUGACUUCUUGUAGGAGUAAUGAUACUAUGUAUUGUGAAGGGAUUCCUGACAAGGCUAGUCUUGAGUGGCUUCAUUCAUUAAGUAGAUUAUGUACACGUGAAAUGCCUUGUUUGACAAGUCUGUGCCAGUGAACAUGAGCCUGUUGCCCAUCUGUAAGUGCUGAGACACGCACAAGGCCUCAUGGCUAAUGGAUCUCCCAUCUGCUGAGCAUUCUUUACUCGCCCUGUGUUGUCCCUAGUGUUUGGGCUGUUGUGAAUGUUAAAGUGUUUCAGCCUUACUGACAGUAACCUUUAGUGUUAUCCUGUCUGUACAAUGGCAGGUCUAAACUGUUACCAAUCAUUCGUCUUCCUUGGCACAUCAAAAAGGGACUGGUUUUGAGUGAACAUUAAAUAAAGAUAAACCCAGAAUAUAUUUUUGUGGGUCUCUCAAGUGAACUCAUACAAGUUCAAAAUCCGGCAACAUGGGUCUUGUUUUAUGGCAUUUAUUUUUUAUAAUUAAGAUCAUUUCACUAACAUCAGUGAAUUGCAACAUCAACUUGUGCACCAAUAUGAAUUAUGUUUUAAUAAAAGGGCCAUUUGAAGUUA